GGCUGCAGUUGCGGCGGCAGUAGCAAAGCCAAAGCUCAAGCCAGCCCAGCAGAACACACAGCUGCUGCAGUAGGUUUGAGUGGAAAUUUGCUUCACCAUGGCUGUGGAAGUGAGGUGGCUUAGCUGCUCAGUAUUUUUAUUCCUAGUUUUUAGUCAAAUUAUUGCGGAAGUACCGCACAAAAGAUUCGAAUACAAAUACAGCUUCAAGCCGCCGUAUUUAGCUCAGAAAGAUGGAUCCGUACCCUUCUGGGAAUAUGGAGGAAACGCAAUCGCCAGUUCAGAAAAUGUGAGAGUUGCUCCUUCUUUAAGAAGUCAAAAGGGUGCAAUCUGGACUAAAACUCCCACCAACUUUGACUGGUGGGAAGUUGAUAUAGUCUUCCGUAUCACUGGUAGAGGUAGAAUUGGAGCUGAUGGCCUGGCUUUCUGGUACACUCAAAACCGUGGUGACUAUGAAGGAGCUGUAUUUGGAAGUUCUGACAAGUGGGUUGGCCUGGGAGUUCUUUUUGACUCCUUUGACAAUGACAACAAGCACAACAAUCCGUACAUCAUGGCUGUCCUCAACGAUGGAACUCGCGAAUUCGACCAUCAAAAUGAUGGAAGUACACAGGCUCUUGCUGGUUGCCUACGUGAUUUUAGGAACAAACCGUUCCCCACCAGGGCCCGUAUUGAAUAUUACAAAAAUACCCUAACAGUACUGUUCCACAGUGGUAUGACUGCCAGUGAUCAGGAGUAUGAAAUGUGUCUCAGGGCUGAAAAUGUCCACUUGCCCAAGAAUGGUUACUUCGGUCUUUCUGCUGCCACAGGAGGCUUAGCUGAUGAUCAUGAUGUUUUACAUUUCUUGACAUCAAGCCUCCAUGCACCUGGACAGAUGCCCUCUCCCCAAGCACCCCAAGUCAACGAGGAAGAUCAGCGAAAACUUACUCAGGAGUAUGCUGAUUAUCAGCGCAAACUUGAGCAGCAGAAGGAGGUGUACCGCAAGGAGCAUCCUGAUGCGCCUAUCAAGGACAAGGAUGAAUUUGAAGAGUGGUACGAAUCCGACAACCAGCGAGAGCUCCGUCAGAUUUUCCAAGGCCAAAGUCAAAUGUUUGAAGUAACCAGGGAACUCAAUAGAAAGCUGGAUGAAAUUAUUGGCCGUCAGGAACGCACACUCAGUCUGAUGUCAUCCAUGCAAGGAGGUGGUGGUGUUCCUGUUGUCACUCAUCAACAGCCUGGCCAGCCUCCUGUUCAAAUGAUUGACACCAUCAGGAGACACGAAGUUGAUGCAGUGAUCCAAAAUCAAAACAACCUCAUCGCGACAGCUCGUGAUUUAAUGGCUUUUGUCACUGAUGUCAGGACUCGAACUGACACCAUCAUUGCUAACCAAGCACGCCAGCCAACUGCCCAGGUGCAGUCUGUGGGCUAUGACAUGACAUCAUUGGUAAACGAAAUGCGUGAUGGGCUCAAUACUGUGAAGCGAGAUGUUGCUGCUGCUUCUGCUAAACUGGGCGCUGGUGGUUCUGUCAGUGGCAGUUGCCCAACCUGCCUUACCACAACAACAUUCAUGGUCUUUGGAGUAGUGCAGUUGGCUCUUUUGUUUGGCUACUUUAUGUACAGGGACAGCAAGGAAGCUCAAGCCAAGAAAUUCUUCUAAUGUGAGCACGAGCAGGUUACGAGGUAAAACCAAAAUGGCACAGGCUAAGAGCAUUUUACAUUCCUCAUUGAAGAGUUUAAUGAAGUAUCUCGCCCCAAAUUGUUCUCAUGGUCUUGUACUAGAAUGCCAGUUAUGCUUGGCAAACAUUUUAAUGUUAUGUUGCCAAAUGGACCAACAAUCUAAUUUUAACAAAAAUCCUGUCAAGGUUGCAUUUCCAUAAAACUUUUGCUCUUUUUAUAUUUAAAGUUUUUGAAGGCAGUUAGGAGUGUAUAUUUCAAUUGUUGGGUUGAUAUUCUCAUUCAUCUUGAAAACCAUUAGUCAAAAUUGUGUGUGAAUAUUGCCAUUGGUAUCCUGAUGUUAGUAUUUUGAUGUGGAAAUCAAUCUUACUUCAUUUCAUUUCAUGCAUAAUUUAAGUCUUAGACAUAUAAAUUGCAAGUAUGAUACAUGUUUACUUGCAGCAGGAACUUUUUUUUUUUUCACCUCUAAGCCUGCUUAUUCUUCAGUGAAGAUUGAUUGAAAAGUUUUAGAUCAGAAGUAUUUGAUUGCAAUGUAUAGUAUAUUAGUGGGCAUUAUUGUGUUUGAGAUUGUUCUUUUCUUGGUUGGACACUGUGUUGUGAUUGCCCUAGUUAAUUGAACAAUUCCUCUGUAGGCCAUCCACUCAUUCCAUGAUGUUUUAAAGUGUACAGAGGUAUUGUGUAAGCAUCUUUAAUGUACAAAGUUCUUGUUGAAAAAGAGUGUCAUGGUUAUUGCUCAAGCCCAGCUGAUUUUCUGAAUUAUUACUCUGUUGGAGGUUUUAUUUGAAAUUUCUGGUAGACUUAUUGAACAGGAGCUUCAAUACCCAUACAAGUUAACCUGUGAUUUUAUUUAUAUGACAGUUGAUCUGUCUUUCUGUAUGCUGAAAACCAUUGCCAUCGAAAUAUUAUCUUCACCUAAUAUUCGUGGUAUGUCUUACUUAAAGCAUAUCAGAUUGUAGAUUUUAAAAAUCAUUGCUUACAUCUAUAUUUACAACACACACAUACCCAACACACUUCUACAAUUUGGUGUGGCUUCUUUUCUGUCAUAUAAAUGCUGUUCAAUCAUGCACUUCAGCUUUUACUAAAGCUGAGGGCCCCUUUGGUACACAGCUGAAAGGAAGAAUGAAAUUUUUUUCCCUUUCAUUUAAGUUGUCAAGAUUGAUUUUCAGAUUUGAAAAAUGGUAUUUUUCUUAUUAUCUAGUAGUCUUGUGAUUGGAAGUUAGAUUUUCCAUGGGGGAGUAAUGAGUUUGUUAGUUAUUGAAGAAGUUCAACUUUUGAGAUACUUUUAUUAUUUUGUUGAGACUUAAAGAAUGUAUGAGAGACCCACUUGUGAAAGUGCUUAAGUAACUGUCCAAUCUUAGAGUAGAUUCUGUUUUUAACUGGAUCACUUGUGGGUCUGAUGAUUUAUGUUAUGUGAGUGAAAUCUAUAUGUUGAAUGAAUGUUCUUGAUUUUGGUUAAAAUUUUGCGUUAUGUGAUAGGUCAGUUUUUAAAAACAUUGUGUGUCCUGUAAAAUAAAAAAAAAAGAUAAAUUUUU